AUGGUUGUCGACGGGGAUCUUGUGCCAACCUCCGGCGUUGAACUGGUUCGCAACUAUGCUCGCAUUCCAAUAAUGACAGGAGUAGCUCGUAAAGAGUGGGCACACAAGAAGCCACAGUUUUACAACUUGCAUCGGAAGUCUACGCUAACAGCUGAGGAGUCCGGUGAAAGCGUUUUUCGCAUAAUAGAGGGUUCAUUUCAUGACACCUCAGCUACUAAACUCAGUAACUCUACGCUUCAUCUUGUGGCCAACGCUUCAUUUGUGAGGUAUAUCGAUGAUCCAUCAAACACUUAUGAGACCAGCCGCGUGGUUUCUGCAUUGCAAAAGGUAAAAUACGCCGUUGCAACUUAG